AUGAGAGCAAUUUCACUGCUUCUAGUUGCGCAGGCCGCAAUCAGUGCCGCAAAAACCCAAGCCUCAGACGCAACCGACGUGGGACUUCAUGUGAUCUGGUCAUACCCUGGUCCCAACGUCCCCCAAGAAUUGACAGAUGCUGUCAAAGCCGGCAAAGUUGGGGGUGUGAUAUUCUACGACGAAAACAUCAAAAACGCCCAAGACUUUCCUGGCCAAGUCAAAGCCCUCCAAGAAGCUUAUCAGGAAUCAUCCGCAUAUCAAGGCUUCCCACUUCUCAUGGUAACCGAUCAAGAAGGAGGCACAGUCAAUCGCUUUCCCGGAGGACCCGACUCAGCCAAAACCGUCGGACAGGCCAGCGAUCCUGCUGCAGCGGGCACGAAAGCAGGCGCUACCGUCGCCAGGAUAUUCGCAGCAAACAACAUCAAUGGUGAUCUGGCUCCUGUGCUAGAUGUUAGCCGUAAGGCCGGAGACUUCACGGAUCGAGAGCAGCGUUCAUUCGGAUCGAAUCCCGGCCUCGUCGCAAAGGCAGCAGGACCUUGGAUCGCAGCUCUUCAAUCAGCGGGAUAUCCUGCGACAGCGAAGCAUUUCCCUGGACUAGGGACAGCAGCCGCAGAUGCGAAUACCGACUUGAAGCCUGUCACUCUUACCGUCUCCGCGGAAGAGCUGCGAAGAGUCGAUAUGAAGCCGUACGAGACUGCGAUUGCGAAUAAUGUCUCUAUGGUCAUGACUUCGUGGGCGAUAUAUCCGGCACUGGAUGACGAGAACCCGGCUGGAUUGAGUCGAACUAUCGUUCAGCAGGAAUUGCGUCUAAGACUUCGAUUCCAAGGCGUCACCAUCACUGAUGCAUUAGAGGCGGGAAGUCUCAAAGCAUUCGGAAACACUGGAGAGCUUGCAGUGAAAGCUACUCAAGCUGGUAUGGACAUCCUUUUAGCGAGCGUUCGUGAUGUGAAGCAAGGAAACGAGACAUACAGUGCUGUUCUCGACGCUUUGUCGAAAGGCGAAAUUGAUCGAGGAGAUUUCAGAGAAGCUACCGAGAGAAUUGUUCGAAUGCGAAGCUCGCUGAAGAAUUAA